CACACUCUUUUCAAUCGGCGGGCGAUUUUUACCACCCCAACAAAAGUUCCGAACACCUUCCUUUCAACAAUUCUCACGAUCCUUUCCAGUCCAUCUAACCCACCAGUCAUUUCUUCACCUUUGUCAACAUGAGAAUCAACAUUUCACUUGCGAUUCUCGUGUUGCUGAACGGCGUGGCCGCCUUCUGGCGCAUGGAAUGCCGUGGCCGUCUUGGCGUGGCUCGUCUUGACCCUCUGAUCAGCCCCGGCACCGUGUCGCAGCAUGCUCACGCGAUUCACGGUUCUUCUGGUUUCAGCAACGAUGCGACUCACGCUGACCUCGUCAACGGCGAGUGUACCUCCUGCAUCGUGACCCAGGACAAGUCGGCCUACUGGGCGCCGAACCUCUACUUCAAGCACGCCAAUGGCACCUACGAGGACGUCGAGCAGGUCGGCGGUAUGCUGGCCUAUUACUUCCUCAACCCGGACGCGAAAAAUCCGAAUGGCAAAAUCCAGGCCUUCCCGAAUGACUUCCGCAUGAUUGCGGGCGACAGCACACGCCGCAACUACUCACUCGGUGACCCUCAGAAACCCGACCCCGAGAAAUCGCGUUGGGCUCAGCUCGGUCAGACGACGCAGUAUGAUCUCGCCCAGCGUGCUCUCGGCUUCAACUGCCUCGACUAUUCGAAGGCCCCCGAGGGAAGCUUGCAGCGUCACUACCUGCCCAACAAGACAUACCUGGAUGCCAAUUGCCCGGAUGGAGUCCGUUUUGAGCUCUCUUUCCCUUCAUGCUGGAACGGUAAAGACAUCACGUCCCCGGAUUUCAAGUCCCACGUUGCAUACCCCGACCUGGUUCUUAAUGGGAACUGCCCCGACGGGUUCAACGUCAAGCUGCCUGGUCUUUUUUACGAAACCAUCUGGGCGACAAACGCCUUCAAGGGCGUGGACGGCGAGUUCGUCAUUUCCAACGGUGAUGUCCAGGGUUAUGGUUAUCACGGUGACUUCAUGAGCGGCUGGGACGCCAACUUCCUUCAAGAGGCUGUUGACCAGUGCACCAACCUCAGUGGAAGGGUGCAGGACUGCCCCAUCUUCACACUCCAGACCGAGGACCAGCAGAGGCAGUGCAAGCUGACUGUUCCCUCUGCGCUCGCAAAUGAGAAGGUCACGGGUAUGAUUGGCAACUCGCUCCCCGGCGGUGUUGCUAUUCAGCUUGGCCCUGGCCCUGCGAUUGGCAACAAUCCGCAAACCGAGUCUGCCUCAAUCCCCGUGCCGACAGUCGGCUACACGCCUGGUACUUCCGUAACAGGCUCCAGUUACCUUCCCGGUGGUGUGUUUGCGUUUGGGAAAACCUCCACCACCAACGCGGCAGCUUCGAGUGCGACUCCCGGGGUUAAUGCCCUCGCAGAGCAGCACUCCUCGCUUACGCCCAGUCCCACCCCCACCCCGUCCGAACCUCCUGUUCCAGCAGGUUACCAGCUUGUCCGUACUGAUUACGUUACCAAUGGUAACGUGGUCAGCAAGAUCGUCGUUAUCGAGACGGUCGAGUAUGUCAUGGUGGCCACGGAGACUGUUACGGUCACGGCCACCGGCGGGGCUGAGAAGUCGCGCCGCCAGCUGCUUCACUUGCACCAACACCGCCAUGGAUCGCACUAAGGCAUCGGUGAAUCCCUUGGUUUGCCCCGUGCGACCAAUCCCCCAUUGGGAUCUGAUUCGUUGCACGCGUGGGAUGACUCUGCGGCCAUAUUUUCUUCAGUUCUGACUUCCGAUUCUAUUUCCCUGCUCUCGACCAUCUUGGCUUUGCCGUUUAUAUCUGGGCUGGGGCUUGGCCGUAGGCCCAGGUUGGGUUGAGGGUAGGCGCGCGUGCACACUGGUGGUGGUGAGGGUAUGCUAAGCUGCUCUGCCAUCGUGGAUGGGAUGGUUCAAUGGCAUUGAGUCAAAGGGAGUCAUUCUUGAUCUCUCCAGAAUUGCAUUUGUGGUGAUGCAUUGACUGCUGCCGCUUGACGUGCUGUGGAUGGUGCACGGGUGCUCAGGUGGUGUUACUUAGGAUUGCACCAUCGAGGGACCGUCUCCGUGUCUGGUCCUGCGUUCUACACAUAUCCGUGAUGAUGCACGACUUCGUGAUCCGCUCUCCAUUGGUAUUGGCGUCCCAGGAACACCAUUCGUUCAGAGAAGUCAUUGACAAGCUAACG